UGGUUAGUGGUGCUUCUCGGUAAAACUUUCUAGUACUGUCAUCUAUAGGUACUAGCUAGUAAGAUAUUAUAUCAUCUAUUUUGCACCAAGAACAUUAAAAAUGAGUUAUGAUACUGGCGUCUACAGAGUUCAUCAAUUUAGCGCUUAUAAUAACAAUUUUGAGCCUGCCUGUCAACUUGCUCCUUUUGACCAUGCUUAUCAUAAGCAGGGUGAGGACCUAGGAAACACUACUAAUGAUCUGUUACUAGGAAUUUGGGACAUAUUAAAAUUUCAGGCUAAGUGGUUAGAAGAAAAGUUGGAAUAUUUCAAAGACAAUUCACUCUCUCAGGAGGAUCUAAAUAGACAGACCGAGGAUCUUAGAAAUAUAGUAAAUCGUGCAGGUCGAGUAAUAGAGGAUCAGAAUAAUGAAAUAUUGGAAAGAUUUAGCGGGUUUAAGAGAGAAAUUGAAAAGAUAUUUAAUGAGAAGAAUUUGGACAGAAAAUUUGAACAUACUGAGAAAGUGAUUAGAGAUUGUCUAGAUGAUGUUGAAUACAGGAUAUCUAAAUUAGAAAGAAUGGGGAGGGAUAUAUUGGAAGAAGUAAGAAAUUCUAGUGGAAAAACAGAUGUGGAGAAAUUGGUACUCGAAAACAAUCGAAUACUAAGAAAGUUGGAUGAAGAAAAGUUGGCUACUCAGAGUGAUAUUAGAAACAUUAGAAUCCCAGGAUUAGAGCAACUGGUAAGAAGAGAAGAUUUGAAAGAUUUGGAAAGGCAAAUAGAUCCUAGAACUUUAGUAAGAAGAACUGAUCUGAAACAAGAAAAUAUCUUACAACAGCUUGAAGAAAAUAAUAGGAUACUUAAAAAUUUUGAUGUUAGAGAGUUGGAGCAAAUUAUUAGAAAACAAACAAGAGAACUAGAAGAGAUCCGAAAUGAAAUAUCAAGAAAAAUUGAUAGGAUUCCUGUGGAUUCAUCUAUUGAAAGAGAAUUAGAAAAAGCUCAGGAACAACUGCGUAAAAUAUCCCAACUCAUAGGAGCAGAUUCUAGGAGAUACUGAGUAAUAGAACAAGGAAUUUAAAAGGAAGAUCUUCGCAAAGACUUCCUCGUGUAAAAAAAAAAAAAAAAACAAUAAAUAUCCUUCGAGUCAAUUUCUGCAUGCUAUUUGAGUUCAUAUAUAGACCAGUGAUACGUUUGAUAAUGAAACUUAAAUGAACAGCCAUGGUUUUCAAGCAAUUCUCAUUUACUGUUGAGUAUGUUGCAGGUGAAAGGAAUGGAAAUAUUAGUUCAUUAUUUGUCCGCAGGCAAAGAUGGACUCUAAUCUUCCUAAAGAAAUCUUAUUUGGAGAAAUAAAGCUCACUGCAGUGAGCAAUGGAAACUACAAGUACUGUAGCCAACAAGAAGAUGUAUUAUCAGAAAAAGAAGAAAUUAUACUUGAUAACCUUUUUUUCGCGCACGAAAGAAGGUUACGAAAAGUGUUUGCUAAUGCUCUGGCCGCUUGUCAGCAACACUAUAAAGAUUUAUUAUCUGAAAAGCAAGAUGUACUCCGCAGAGUAAAACUUGCUUUAGAGGAUCUAGUUCCAGUAAUCGGUAGAUUACCGGAUGAAGAUCAAUUUAGAAAUAUAUUCUCGAGUUAUAUGCAGUUGCAGGAUAUUGAAGAUCUGUAUAUCCUUCGCAAAGGAAAUACAGAAGAAGACACAAGUCAUGCAAUGGAAAUCACCUAUGCCAAAACAGGAUGGUGUAUGCCAAAUUUGAAAACUUAUUUGCCUGCAUAUACCAUGUUACAACAAGAAGCCAUCAAAAGGAAUCUGAAGUACCUUGAAGAAGCCUCUGAAGAAGUCUAUCGAUUGAUCAUCCAAAAACUUCAUUCAGAAUCAAAAGGAUUCAAGAGUCUAAAGCAACAUUUAGAAAUGGCAACCAUCAAUACCCAUGUCACUCCAACAAUGCUCAGUUCAGAUUCAGGAUUAAUUAGUCUCGUCGUUGCAAGACUUGGAAGUCCAGAAACAUUAGUCAGUGGAUUCUUUGAGAAUGGGUUACUACAGAAACUUGAAGUUGACACUACAAGUUACAGAGAAGCCACUUUACUUCCAGGAUGUGUUCAACAAUCUCUGGUGGCCUAUGUCACAGAAGUUCGGAGGCUCAAGAAGAUCGUUCCACAAAAAAUCUUCUUGAGAUUCUACAGCACAGGGCCAGAUUGGGAAAAUGAUGGAGUUAGUUACUUCCCCAGUUAUCAUCUAAUUCUUAUGGAUUAUGAUGAGGAACUUCAGGCGAAGCCUAUCCAUUCAAUAAAGCGGGAAUGGCAAGAAGCCUGGAUGGAAGAAAAAGAGGUGCAGAAGAGAAAGGCAUUAUCCAUGAAAAUUAUAGUCGAGACUUUGCGCUAUAUUUUUCGUGAUACUUGUCCUUACCUGAAGAUUUAUGCAAUAUCUUCAAGAAUCUUGAUGCUGGGAAAACGUAUUUAUGGAAACAAUAGGUAUGGGUGGUAUCAGGCUCGGCAACGAGAACUUUUUGACAGAAUCAAUAACUGGUGCAAUGGAGAAUUUGAAGCUAGUGCUUUUUGUAAAGGACAUUAUUGCUCCUUGAUGCAGGGAUGCUUUCACAAAUGCACCAUCUGUCAGUCACCAGAAACCGACAACAUGUCAGAAGACCAUGCGCUUGAUGAGGAAGCUUUGCGCAAUUUAUAGCCUGACUGAAGCUGAGAUUGUUUUCCUUGUAGUCAGUGUUUGUUUCAAUGAUCUUUCAAGUUUCUUUAAAUGUCGAAGAGGGAGUCUAGUGUCUAAGCUCUAUCUUGUAAAUAAAGGUUUUCCACCUCAUGUCAUGAAUAAAACUCCAGUUUGAUCCAUAAA